CUUCACAUUCUUUUCUUCAUAUACACAUACAUUUAUCAUUAUAUUUAUACCAUCAUUUUUCUUGUAUACGCUACACCAACAUUUUGUUAUACACAUUAAACCGUUCUUAACUCGAAAAUAGAGACCGCGAAAACCGUCAUUAAUGGAAGAAAUUGCUUCUUUGCUCUCUUUUGGGUGUAAGUUAGUUAAAGAUCUAGAAGAAACCCUACCCAACAUGGCAAACCAGCCUCAUGUUCUCAUUAGUUCAUGUGAUGAUAUCAGUAAGGUUUUCGGUAACGUGCGCGACCGGUUGAGCAUGGCGGUGCAGGACUAUGGGAACCACGAGGCGCAGGCUGGUGGCGGUGGGUCGGUGUCGGAGUGGCUCAGGAGUUCACAAGCAAUGAAUAUGCAGGUGUUGCAUGAACAUGAACAAGUGGCUCAACACCAGCAGCAUAGGUUUGAUCAGGGUGUUGGUGGUCAAGAACAUUUGGAUGGUUCGUUGCUACGAACACGAAGAAGAAAACAUGAAGCGGAUAGACGAACCAUUAGAGUGCCUGCGCCUAGAAUGGGGAACACAGAAGUUCCACCGGAAGAUGGCUACACUUGGAGAAAAUAUGGUCAGAAGGAAAUUCUUGGUUCUAGAUUUCCAAGGGGAUAUUACAGAUGCACCCACCAGAAAUUAUACAACUGUCCAGCUAAGAAACAAGUACAAAGACUUGAUAACGACCCCUUCACUUUUGAAGUAACAUAUCGGGGUGAUCAUACAUGUACCAUGUCCUCUACCGCGCCCUCCAUGGCCCCACCACCGCCAGUCGAGGCUAUAACCACCCAUUCUCCACCAACUCAUUUGGCACCUACGGCGUCACAAUCACUCCCUCAAUGGUUAUCGAUAGAUCUCAAACAGUCAGUCGGAGAUCUUUAUAGUAUUACGCAUCAAAGCAUGCAACCCUUUAGGAACCAAACCGAUAUCGGUAAUGAGGCAGGCCCAUCGUCUCCUACUAACUAUGUCGACUAUCCAAGAGUGACAGAUCUAGCGGAUACGAUGUUUAAUUCUGGUAGUAGCAGCAAUAAUAGUAUGGAACUAAUUUUUUCUUCUCAAAAUGAAGAAAAAAAGGAGGGUGGAGAUAAUACACAUUAAUUACAUACAUUAAAAAAACAAUCAAGUUUUUGUACCUUUAGGAAUGCUACAUUUAACAAAUAAAUAGGUUAUCUUUGGUAAGGUUCUAAUUGCCAAAUGUAUAAGUUUCCUUUCAUCCUUUUAGCUCAUGUAAUUUAUGAAAAUUGAUUUUACAUUUUACUUUUUUUA